AUGAACUCUCGAGAUAUAGUGCUGGUUUCAACUGCCACAAUAUUUGGUGCGGCGGCCUCUGCAAUCGCUUUUCGUCGAUUUUUCCUCUCCAAUUGCCCCAACAAGCACUUCUCUGCAAACGGCGUCGUUGACGGGAAGAAACUCUCUCCUCAGAACCCAUAUGAUCCCAUCAAACGAAAAGAAAAUUUGUCAUGGGAUGAUUAUUUUAUGGCUAUUGCAUUUCUAUCUGCUGAUCGAUCCAAGGAUCCUAACAGGCGACACUAUUGGGUUAUGAUAGACUUGUUUCGGUGGGUGGCAGCAAUUUUGAAGAUAGAGUUGUUUAAGGGCACAACAAAAUGCAAGAGAAGAACUUUGUUGGAAGUAGGAGAUAAAUUGCAAAGACAGAAUGGAGAAGUCACGUCAAGGCACACCCUAGUCAUAGUGUGGCUGGAUAAAUCCCAGUUGUUAGCUUGUUCUUCUGUGAACGGAAAUGCCUGCUCUAUGGACUAUGUUGACCUCAAGUUUCAGGCACUUGGCCCUACUUUAGUCUUGAAGUCUGGUGUUGUUUCUAAGGACACAGAGAGCGGUGCUAGCCGUGCUAGAGAAUCUACUAAUAUGUCCAGAGAUUUACCCCUGGAGACACCUUGGACAUCUCAUUUGGGAACAUAUUUCUCACGACAUAAGCAAACAUUAUAUAUACAAAAGCACAAUGAUCCAUCACAGAAGAAUUUGAAUGAAAAGUCAGCUCUAAUUGUUACAGGCGAGGCACCGAAAGAUCUUACUGAUGUAUCUGUUAACAAUGUUACACUGAUGGAGGUUGCUUCAAGCAUCAGAGAAAGUGGCGAGACAAUUGCACUGAAAACUCCCAAUAUCAUGGCUGAACCCUCCACACAUCAGAGAAGAAAAAGUCAUAGAAUUAGCAAGAAUAAGCAGAGACUGGAUGAAGCUGCAGUAAUCUCUCCAAUACCGUCAGUAACACGGGAGGAGACUAAUCCUGCAAAAGAGUACAUUGAAAAUGGGAAGUCCAAGGCUUCGUUGUCAGAUUUGGAUAGCUCAGUCUCAGCAAAGAUUGAGCUUGAUGGAGGAGUACAGGCUUCAGAGGUGCAGGCUUCACAUGAAGAAGAAGCCCAUAGCAGAGUAAGCAAACAGUGGAAACCUCAGUCCCGCGGAAUGCCACGAAGUCUACAGGCUAAUAGGAUGGUGGAUAAAUUUCAUAGCAACGACACUCUUAUGUGGGCUCCUGUGCGUUCACAAAGCAAAGUUGAGGGUGCAGUUGAAGCAUGUCAAAAAUCUACUCCUGAAUCUGCUACUCCAGUGAAGAUUGAUAAUCUGGUUCAGAAUAAUUCAGAAGGCAAAAUGGCUGAAAUGGAGAGAUAUGUUCCAAAGCCUGUGGCUAAGGAGCUGGCACAGCAAGGAAGUAUUCAACCAGUGCCAUUUUCAGCCAGUCCUGCUCCAGAAGAGGCUGCUGGUAAAGCACUAUCUGAUUCAGCUAGAUCUGCAAAUCCACCACCUACCAUCUCAGCAACUGGAAUUGUUGGGUCUGGUGUAGACGUCGAGGAGGGAGAUGGCACGCAUAACAAGCAAGGAAAAGCGCAUGGAACAUGGCGACAACGGAAUUUUACAGAACCAUCGAAUAAGAAGAGUGUUCAUCAUGGACCAUCUGCUACUUCUGACCCAAGCAAGGACAUUCAAAGAUCAACAGACCAAAAUCAAUUCAUGAAGCAUGAAGUAAAUGCAUCAAAAUCUGAACCAAAUACUUCCAGCAAGAACAACACAUUAGAUUGCAGUAACAUGUCCAAUGAUAUUGAAUCAGCUGGAGCUAGCAGAUCUCUUGCUGUGAACGAUCAGGUAGGAAUAGAUAGAGGAAAGUGA